AUGGGAGGCGAAGCAGCACUAACCAAAGUCGUGCCGGCGGUGGUCCUCAGCUCCGGCCACAAGAUGCCACUCAUAGGGCUAGGCACAGCGGGAAGCCCUCUGCAACCAACUGAGGCCUUAGCUGACAUCCUCAUGGAGGCCAUCGAGAUGGGCUACCGGCAUUUUGACACAGCCGCUAUCCACGGUACCGAGGCAGCAAUAGGCCAAGCAGUUGCAAGGGCCCUUGAGCGGCACCUCAUCAAAAGCCGUGGCUUGGUCUUCAUCAUCUCCAAGCUCCGGUGCACUGACGCCGACCGCGAUCUCAUUCUCCCCGCACGAAAGGAGACUCUCGGGUUAUUCCUGGCACUGCUGCUCUUACUGCAGAGUGGAGAGCAGACUCUUGCCAUGGAAAAACUAAUUGAUCUCUCCAUAUCAAGCCUGUAA